AUGUCUUCUUCUUCUUCCUCCUGUCGCAACCCUUCCGGACAGGAGGGCCACGGCUCGGCAUCUCCAUCUCAAGCCCCCGCAAGCCCCAGCACGCCGCUGCCGUUCAACAACGUCAACGACAACAACGCCAACACCAACGUCGACGACGAGGAGCACCGCCACCGAUGCCACGGCACCUGCCCGGACAGCGGCGGCCAGCGCUGCCGCAACCUCAUCGACGCGCACGCGUGGAAGGCCGACAGCGUGCGCUUCUGCAACCUGCACGAGGAGCAAGCCGCAGACGCGCUCGCCAGAGCCAGGCGCGAGGCGCAGCGGCUGGCCGGCGACGACGCGAACCUGCGGGUCGCUGUUGCUGCCUUUCUUGACCGCAAGAUGACGACGACGACGGCCUUUCUCGGCGCGCGGGCCGCGGCGGUGGCGACGAAGGAGGGGGAGGAGGAGGAGGUGGUGAUGGCAGAGAAGGAGAAGGAUGAUGAUGAUGAGGCGCGCGAGGAGGAGGAGGAGGCCAUCAUCAGGGACGAGCAGUGGAGACAGCACGACAGGGAGCUGCACUUGAGCGUCGCCAGGGCGCACGUCAGCCACCAGCUCGAGGCGAACGCGCGGGCCUGCGAAGAGGCGGCACGGGAGAUCGCGGAGCUGCGGGCGGCGGCGCGCGAGGAGGCGCGCGACGUGGCGGACGCCGUCCGGGCUGGCAGGCUUGCCGGCAGGCUCGAGCGUGUCGAGGGCGAGCUGGCCGACUCGCACGAGACCAACGCGACGCUCAGCGCCGAGGCGCGGGCCUCGCAGAACCGCAUCGCAGCCUUGGAGACGGAAGUGAGGGCCGCCGACGCUGAGAGGGAGCGCCUCGCCGUCCAGCUCAGCGACACUGAGGGCGAGCUGAGGGAGGCGCGUGCGAAGAACGCGAACCUCGCCGCCGAUCCGGAGGGCCACCAGGCGGGCGCCGCCGCAGCAUGGCUUGGUCGGGCAAACGACGAGAGUGACGACGGUCUGAGGACUCGGCUUCGCGACACCGAGGUCGAGCUGGGCAGCGCUCGCGAGGCGCACACCAACAUUGCUGCCCAGCUCGCCAACACUACCGCCACUAACCGCGAGCUUAGGGCUAGGGUCCUGCUCGUCAUCUAUACGAUGCGCCUCAUCAUACUUGGCCGCCGUUCCAUCGCCGCCGCCGAGCGCGCUAUUACUGAACGUGCUGCGGCCGAGCGUGCCGCUGCCGUUGACGAGAGCCGGGCCGCCGCUGCUCGCGCUACUCUCGCAUUAAUCAUAGCAGGCUUCAUGUACUUGGGGAGGCCGCGCGGAUAA